CAGAAAGGCUGAGGGAGGGGGGAGGUCAUGGCAGUAGCAGGGUAUAAAUUAAAGGUGCCCAGGUCUUUUUUCCCCUCAAUGAAAUAGUCAAGCAACUUGCAAGGCAGAGCUGAGAGUGAGAGGCUGCAGACACCCACUCGUUUAGGGAGAGAAAGGAUCAGGCAUUAGCUCUGCAUCCUUUCUACUUGUGAAUCCAAGUUUCUUCCCUCCCCCUUGCUGCUGAGGACGCAACUCCAGGGAUGCAUUACAUCAUAGGUAUAGGAGGUGUGACCAACGGUGGCAAAACCACUUUGACCAACCGGCUUAUCAAAGCACUUCCAAACUGUUGUGUUGUCCAUCAGGAUGAUUUUUACAAGCCACAAGAUCAGAUAGAAGUCGGGGAAGACGGCUUUAAACAAUGGGAUGUGCUGGAAUCAUUGGACAUGGAUGCAAUGGUGAGCACGGUGCAUGCAUGGAUUGAGGAGCCAAGGAAGUUUGCCCGCUCCCAUGGGGUGAACGUUAGGUCUAACGCUAAAGAACCCGUCCCAGAGGAGAUCCACAUCCUGGUCAUUGAAGGCUUCCUGCUUUACAAUUACAAACCACUGACCGACGUGUUCAACAAACGCUACUAUCUGACAGUUCCCUAUGACGAAUGCAAGAGGAGGAGGAGUACACGACAUUAUCCUAUACCUGACCCACCUGGUCUUUUCGAUGGACAUGUGUGGCCCAUGUAUUUAAAAUACAGGAAGGAAAUGGAGACCCAUGGGAUUGAUGCUGUUUAUCUGGAUGGAUUGAAGUCCAGAGAUGACCUGUACAAUCAGGUCUUUGAAGAGAUUCAGAACAUGCUUUUAAAUUGUUCAUAGAGAAAUAUGCCUCUGCCUCUACGUGUAUUGGUUGACCCCACUGAAACAGCACUCGGGUAUUACUUUCUUAUUUUUUCAAGGUCUGAGGAGAGCUGAAGGACCCAGGUAUAGACCAGAUGUAGAUAGUACUUUAGACAUUAGAAGAUAGAAUCAUGUAGGGUUUAUUUCUGUAAACCAGUCACAUACUGUCCUUUGGGAAAGGUCUAAUGUAUAUAAUUGAAAAAAAAAGAGAAGUUAUUUACGACACAGCCACAGGCAGUUUUUUAUAUUCCACUGGUUUAAAUAUGUAAUGCUUUAAGAUGCAUUUUUAUAAGAAAACAUUCAGAAAACCACCGUCUGGUCUGCCUAUAUUUCUGAACUGAUGUUAAAUCUUUGUUUUAUUGCUCGUGACGCCACUUUUUAAGAUCAAGUUUUUAAAAACAUGCUGAUCGGAAGGAAAGUAGCUGAAUGUCAGUCAAACCUCUACAUAUUAUUUUAUGCUUGAACCAAAUUUGCAUUUACCCUAACAUAUUGUGGCUUUCAGGAGGCUAGUGCCUCUCCCACCCUGGAGUUCUCCACAGUCAGAGGCCUCUUAAUUAUCAACACCUCUGUGAGUAUGUUGAUGUCACCACCACAAUCCCGAUGCAGUAGAUCUACCUUCAAUCCUUAGCCCUGUCUCGCAGGAGCAGGAGCCAGAAACCUAUCUUCCCCUGGACUCUGCUAGCCGUCCCUUUGUACCCAGUGCCUGUGCUUUUUAACUACCAUCUCAGCUGAUGGGAUAAUUAACACCUUAGCUCAUCAAUCCCCAGUCUGAUUAGAUAAUUAAGUCUUCCUCCCCUCAAUCAGGGCUUCUCUGGGGGAACAGCUGGUGGCCCUCAGCACACCGGCACAAUGGUCUGUUUCACACUCUAUAGUCAACUGCCUUUUGUAAGAUAAAGAAUUUUGAGUGGGAGCUCCUGGCUCCUCUUCAUCUUGUAAUCUGAGCAUGAAAGUUAUUCAGUCUUGAAUUCCCCAGUUACUAGGACUGCAUCAGCAGCAGAAACGGCCAUGCUAUGGAGUGUAAAAGUCAGAGGGAGAAUCGGGACCACCAUUGCACUUUGGCACUGCCCGUGACUUCGCUGAGACUGCACAGAUGUGAGUGAGGGUAGAAUCGGCCCAGACUUUAAUAUUAAACUGAGACGGAUUUGAACUGGGAAAAGGUUUUUCAGGUAUUUGUCCUGAAAACGCCUCAAGUUCUAAUAUAGAUCCUGAUCCUGCAAAUGUUUGAACAUCUGCUUCACGCACGUGAGCAGUUUGAUUGAAUUCAGCAGGUCUAUCCUCAUGCUCAAAGUUAAGGACAUGCUCAAGGACUGCGCUAAUCAGUCACGCGCUGGACAAAACCCUCGUCAAUACCAUUUCAGAAUCAAGCAGCUGGAAUUGUGAUCAAAAUAACGUGUCGUUGAGGGGGGCUCUUACCCACAUAAUAAAUGGUGCAUUUGGCAAAAGUUUCCUCUCAAACAGAGUAGAAUACCCCAGUCACAAUUUCAUGACCAGUAAAUGUCACCAGGAGUUUUGCUUUUUUCCAGUUAUUCAUCUGGCAAGUGAGUGGUUUUCAAACUAUUGUGCAGGUGAU